UAUAUAUCUUAAUCACGUUCUUCUCCAAGUACAAAUCUGAAAGGGAGUUCCUCUUUGGAACGGUAUGUCCUAUAAGGAGGGUUUAUUGGAGAUCAAUAGAAAAAUGACACCGCAGCUGAUCACAUGAUCUCAGCCUAAACCUGGCCGUACUAUAGCAACGGCCAAAUCACACUUUACAGAACGAUGAAAGAAUUGCUUCGAUGAACAAAAUUUGCUGCUGCUUCUUCUUCUUCUUCUUCAUUUGUUGCCUCUCUCUCUCUCUCUCUCUCUCUCUCUCUCACGCUUCAUUAAUUCAGUAUUCAUCUGCUGCUUCUCUGUGUUUUUUUUAUUUUUUUGUAUUGUUUGGUCACCAGUCUUUAUAUCUUCAAAGACAUGAAGCAACGUUCAAAGCACCAACCAGAGGAACCACUGUUACUAUUUUCUUGCUCUCUGCAUUUUUUUUAUGGGAUUUUUGUUUCAAGCCUUUGGUUUUCUUGUAAACAAGACUAAUGGAAAACUUGCAGAGAAGUAGUAGUGCUGAAAUUUGUUGUUUGGGUUAUGGUGGUGCCUACAGCUCUUCUGGCCGAGAGUGGUGAUGCACAAAUUGGUGUAGAAAAUUAUGGAAAAAUGACUUCAAGCCACUUUAUGAACCAUUAAAGAUUUUUUUUUCAUUUAUCAUGGUGGAAAUUACCAAAUGGUGCAGAAAAUUGAAGGAAAAGAAACCAAAGAGGAAAUGACGAUGGACUCACUUAACCCUGCAACUGCAUUGGUCUCACAGGCAACCAAACAAAAGCUGGGCCACAAAACAACUCAGCAAAUCAAGUCAACGUGAAGUCUUCAAAUCCAGAGAAAAUUGAUUAAUUGAAGUUGCUGGAGAGAGGGAAGAGAGAAAAGGGUCGAGAUCUUGGAGCGGCGGUCAAGAGAGAGAGAGAGAGGGCUAGGGUUCGAUAGUGAGAGCUUCGUGAAUGUGGGAAGGAGAGAGAGGGGGGUGGGUUUCGACAAAGAAGCUUCCGCAUUGAUCUGGGCAAUUUUUUUUUUCUCUACAAUGCAGUCUGCUAUUGGGAAGAUGUAGGCUCUACGUGGCAGGCUAUCGUUGGUUGCCGUUGUUUGGAGAAUAAUGGAGACACCUGUGUGAAGAUAUUUAUUAUGUUAAGAAUAUGUGUCAAAAUUAUGUGUGUUAAAAUUGUGUAGAUUCAGAUAUUAGCUGUCAAGAAUAUAUAAUAUAGACUUUAAAUUGUUUCACAAUAUAUCAAUAUCAUCUUCUUCAAGUAUUGAUCAUAAUUUUCUUUUUCAUUCUUUUUUGAAAAAGAAAAGAGAAAAUUAAAUUGGUUUGUAUGUAGAUCAGCAGUCCAAUUUCUCUACAAGGAAGACUGUUCAAGGAAGUUGGAUCAAAUAGUACUACGAGGUGAUCUUUGGUGUCGGAAAAUAAAAUCUGGGAACAAUAGCUGUCCAUAGACAGAUCAUACACAACGGUUUUGUCUUUAAUGUGACGUGUUUGGGCUAAACAAGAGGCUGGAACUCGGAUAUCCUUCUCCUUAAAAACCACUGAGCCUCCAAAGUCCAAGGCAAUGGAGGCAUGAUAUUUCUCCUUUUUUCCUUCUUUUUUGGUUUAGUUUCUUUGGUAUAUUCUGCCGCCAGUAGUGCAAGACAUCCAAAACCCCAGCAGCUAGCUAGCAGCUUGUUUAAUUUGAUCUUCUAUAUUAUAGCAUUUAAGCAUUAGGUUUCAAUUUUUGUCAGUAAUUUCUCUGCUCCAUUCAACGUCAAUUAAUGGCUCCUGCAGACAAAUCAUUGAAGUUUGUUCUUCUAGUCUCAUGCUCCCUUAUCGUCCUCAACCUCUUCUGUAUUGAUCCUGUCCAUGCCCUAGACCUCGGUCUUAAAGUUGAAGGACCUGCUAAAGCUCUGGUUAAACACACCAGCUGCAGUAGAAAAUGCGAGUCAGAAUUCUGUAAAGUUCCUCCAAUCCUGAGAUAUGGCAAGUAUUGUGGGCUAUUAUACGGUGGUUGCCCUGGGGAGAAGCCUUGCGAUGCCCUCGACGCUUGCUGCAUGGACCAUGAUGCUUGUGUGGGAAUUAAAAACCAUGGUUAUGGCUAUGUAAACAGAGAGUGCAGCCUAAAGUUUCUGCAAUGUAUGGCAAAGGUUAAAAAGUCAGGAGCUCAUACGUUUAAGGGGAGCAAAUGCGAAGCUGGUGAGGUGAUUGAUGUUAUUACUGAUGUCAUUAAAGUUGCUGUACGUGCUGGAAGAUUUGUUCCCCCAUCAAAAUAGCAUUAGCUAGCCUGAAUUUUCCUUGCUCGAUCGAUCCGGAGAUCUAGAGGCCAGGAGCAAGCUGUUUAAUCUCCCUCUCUCUCUCUCUCUCUCUCUCUCUCUAAAAGUUGGAAAAAUAACUACUUAAUCCAGUCAUUUCAGUACGUUUGGUUAUGUUUGUGUUUUUGCUUCAUGGGUAAAUGUUGAAAAGUAAGCCAGUGUUAAGAGUUGUUCUUAAAAAGAUAAAAGGUUAUUAUUACCAACUUUUUUGCCGA